AUGAGUAUUCAUCAAAACUCGCUUGCUUAUGCAGCAUAUGCAGUGUUUAAUGUUAUGGUCGCAAAAGAAGUGAAUGAUUUAGUUCAGGAGCCUUACAUGGACGAGCCCUUCCAUAUACCGCAGGCUCAGGCGUAUUGCAGAGGUGAGUGGGACUAUUGGGACCCCAAACUAACAACCCCGCCUGGCCUAUAUGUUCUUUCUGUGAUCCUCAAGAGGAUAUUCUUGUUCAAGUGCACAGUCCCUGUCCUGAGAAUGAACAGCUUGCUCCUGAACCUAAUGCUGCCACCGCUUAUCUCUCAUUGUCUGGCACUCUACCGUUCCGACCGACCGCCCCGAUCACUACUACAGCCAAGUAUUGAAUCAAUCACAAUCUCCGCGUUCCCCAUUGCUUGGUUCUUCUCUUUCCUCUACUACACGGAACUUGGUAGUGUCUUUUUUGUAUUGGCAACAAUGCUGACCGCCGGAAGAGGUGCUCACGGCUGGGCAUCGCUGAUGGGCGCCAUCAGUUGCACUUUCCGUCAGACUAAUAUAGUUUGGGUCGCAUAUGCCGCCGCCUUUGGUAUUCUUCAAGAAAUGAGGCGAAAACGCAUACGUUCGCAAGUAUCGAAACAUUCUACCGGGCCCACUCUCUACGACCCGAUGGCGCUUGAUGCCUCGUUGUCCGAUAUACCCAAAAUCCUGUCUAGUAUUCCUGCAAUAUUACCUUGGCUCGUGAAGACUGCCUGGCCUUACGUUGUGCCCGUCGUAGGCUUUGCUUCCUUUGUUUUCUGGAAUGGAGGAAUUGUUCUAGGGGAUAAAUCAAAUCACGUACCUACCCUUCAUAUACCCCAAUUAUUCUAUUUCGUAGCAUUCGCCUCCCUGUUUGGGCUCCCUGUACUAGCAUCAACGGAGACCGGAAUUAUAUCUCUUGCCGGAGAUGUUACGCGACGUAUGAUCGGAGGACCAAGGUCACAGGAACCCAAUUCAACGUUUUAG